AUGAUCGUGCUCUUCUACUUGAUCAUCCUCCCCAUCUAUCAGGACGGACUCUUUGACCGGGUCCUCAAACUCCGGGGCUUGAGACAUGUCCUCGAAGCCAGUCGAGGCAACGAUGUCGCCAAAUGUAUGCGCGGUGUCAACGGUGGUCUCUUCAUCCUCUUCUGUCAAAUCAUUGUAUUGAUAUUGACGCUGCCGCUUAACCUGAUCCCUAUCCUCGGGCAGAUCCUGUAUGCGACCAUUAACGGAUGGAUCUUGACCUUCGGCAUCCGCUUCCAUUACGACGCCGAGAUCCGCAAUAUGCCCGUCUCCCAAUCAAGACGUGAAGCCUGGGCACGUAAAUCCGAGUAUACAAGUUUUGGCGCAGUGGCGGUUGGACUUGAGAUGAUCCCGUUCGCCAACUUGUUGUUUAUGUGGACCAACAUUGUGGGAUGUGCGUUGUGGGUCGCGGAUGAGAUUGAAAAGGAGGAACGACGUCAACAACAGAUCGCGCUACAACUAGAGCAACAGCAGCAACAACAACAGCAAGAGCAGCAACAACUACUAAAACAACAACAACAACAACAACAACAACAACAACAACAACAACAACAACAACAAUUACAGGGAGGUGGGGGAGCUCGUAGUCUUAGCGUUGUGUCGAUGCCAGAAUCCGAGGGGAGCUUUUCUCCGCCCACGACGACGGCUCUGCUGGGAUCGAAUCACCACCACCAGCAAGUGCAAUACCAGCACCAGGCGCAAAAGGGCUUGUCGAUGAUGCCUGCUCACCGAAAGUAG